CCUGGCUUAGCAAGCUGCAUGUCAGUGAUGUCCUUUUACCAGCGCCGGGUAAAUAUUCGAUAAACAGAACGGAGUAGAAGCUGCUACCAGGCAUGGUGGUCACAGAAGGUUCACAGGAAGAAUAAAAAGGUAAGUUGCCAAGAAGAUGCCACUUCACGGUAAAAUAGUUGUCAUCCGACGAGGUGGCGGUGAUGGUACAGAAUAUCCAUUGACAGCGCCAUGUUUAUUUGGAAGGAAAAUUGAAUGUGACAUCCGCAUUCAACUGCCCCAGGUGUCAAAAGAACAUUGCAGAGUCGAGAUCAAUGAAAACAAAGAGGUUGUCUUGACCAAUCUGAGCUCUGUAAACCCCACUUGCAUCAAUGGCGUGGCAAUGAAGCAGUCUGAACGCCUGAAGCAUGGAGAUGUAUUCACCAUUAUCGAUCGCUCUUUCAGGUUUGAAGCUCCUCCACCACCCACCCCAAAGAAAAAGAGGACGUCCACGGCAGGAAACGGAGAAACUCCUAAGGUCCUCAAGGAACAACAAAAAACAGAUUCUGUUGCAUCCUCUGUGCCCGUUUGA